AUGCGAUUGUUUGCCACAGGACGAGCCCUGCGCGCCAGCAGCGGCCGUUGGUCUAUCGCUGCAACUCGCCCACGAAUUCCAAUUCGUAUCUCCCCACUCGAAACCAUCCCAGCUAUCAAGCGAGACUGGAGCUCCACGACAGCUCUCCGAGCAACAGACAACAAAGCCAAUGCCCAAGCAUCCGCUCAGACUCCGCAAACAAAAAAGCCCAGCCAGACAAUUGAAGGCACAACCUACCCCACCGAUGAAUGGACCAACACCCCAGACCAAAUUCUCUCCCAUGUCGGCCGCCGCCUCUACCUCGACGAGAACCACCCUCUAGCAAUCACCCGCAAGCUAAUCGAAAGCCAAUUCCCCGCCCCAGUAUUCGGCAAUCACUUUGAGAAGAGCCCCGUCGUAUCAACGAGACAAAACUUUGAUGUCCUGGGUUUCCCACCGGAUCACCCGGGCCGUAGUCGCACGGAUACAUACUAUAUCAACGACAAGACGGUUUUGCGCACCCAUACGAGUGCCCACCAGCAGGCGUAUUUCCAGCAGCUCAAUCGGAAUGAGCAGACGCGCCCGAAAGAGGUGGGAUAUACUGUUAUUGCAGAUGUAUACCGCCGUGAUGCGAUUGAUCGUAGUCAUUACCCGGUUUUUCAUCAGAUGGAGGGCGCCAUGCUGUGGAAGCGGCCGGAUAGUGAUCCAUUAAAGCACUCGGCGGAAACUGCUGCGAAGAUCUGGGCUGAUGUGGAAUUGAUUCCGCGUCAUGAUGUUGUUGUCGAGGAUCCGAAUCCUACCAUCCAUGCCCAGCGAAAUCCGUUGCAGGCCGAAUAUCACAGUGAAGAGGAGGUUGAGGCUAUUGCGGCGCACCUUAAGCGGUCUUUGGAGCGGAUGGUCAUCAAGAUCUUUACGGAAGGCAGCAAGGCAGCAGCAGCUAGCUCUGGUGGUGCCCCUACGGAGCCGUUGAAGGUGCGCUGGGUUGAAGCUUACUUCCCCUUUACUAGUCCUUCGUGGGAGAUGGAGGUGUUCUGGCAGGGCGAGUGGCUUGAAAUUCUUGGAUGCGGUGUCAUCAAGCAGGAUCUCUUGAUCAACUCUGAUGUUCCUAACAGAGUUGGCUGGGCGUUUGGAUUGGGCAUUGAGCGUAUCGCUAUGCUCCUGUUCAACAUUCCUGAUAUCCGUCUCUUUUGGUCUCGGGAUGAGCGCUUCCUCUCGCAGUUCCGGGCUGAAACGAUUACUCGUUUUGAGCCCUUCUCUAAGCACCCCGCUUGCUACAAGGAUGUUGCUUUCUGGUUACCUCCUGCCGCUGUUACUGGUGGAAGCAGUGCUGCUGGCGGGGGAGUCCCUUUCCAUGAGAACGAUGUUAUGGAGAUUGUUCGUAGUAUCGGAGGUGAUCUUGUUGAGGAUGUUACUUGCAUUGACGAGUUUACGCACCCCAAGACUGGGCGCAAGAGCAUGUGCUAUCGCAUUAACUAUCGCAGUCUGGAGCGGACUUUGACGAACGAGGAGGCCAAUGAGAUGCAUGACAAGGUUCGGGCUAAGCUGGUUGGUGACCAUGGUGUGGAGUUGAGAUAA